CAGUACUAUUUGUGGUGGGAAAAUAAACUGUACUCAUAAUGGGGACAUUGAAAAUUUCAUAUUUUGCCUUAGUUCUGUUAAUAUGCCUCAUACAAGGGAUUUCAGCAUUAAAAACAAUUUCCGAUGAGGAUUACUACAGUUUCCCACCUUUACAUCAUGUGGACCGCUUCUCACAGUGCGUGGGCGUACCUGGCGGAGCGUACUGCAGCGCCGAAUUCAACAUUGUCACCGAUGGGCCCAACGAACUUUACGAAAAGAUGCGGAAUUACAGUUUCUCUGCAAUGAGGCAUUUCGAUUACACGAAACCGAGGUAUGGAUAUUGUAUCACGAGACGAUGUAAGGAGUUCUACAAAGGUGAUUCGGACGGGGAACUGUUGGAGGCGAUGGGCUUAUGCCUGAACCACACCCUGGGGGAGGAGUAUGGUCUACGGGCGGUGGUCAACUACGGCACAUGCUACCGGCACGGCGAGAGUAAACACUCCGUGACGUGGCUGGACUGUGUGGCUGCUGCACUAUUCCUGACGAUUAUCGCUCUUGCAGCAACUGCCACCUACUAUGACUUAUUCGCUGCUAAAAAGGACCCUAAAGGAUUGUUGAUGUGCUUCUCGAUACCGGCCAAUUGGGCUAGGUUGAAGGCUCCAUAUCCCAAAGACAAGAUGACAGAACGACUGAUAUCAUUUAGUGGAAUCAGAUCAAUAACUGCAUUGCUGGUGAUCAUCAUGCACGCCAUUGUACCUUUAAUGUCAACAAUUGAAAAUACGGCUCAUCUCGAGGAGAACUAUGAAGCACACGCCCCCCAUUUUCUUUACAACACACACAUCAUUAUGCAGUCGUUUUUCUUUAUGUCUGGGUUCUUCUUCGUGUACACUAAACAAAUAUCUAACGAGAAGACACCGAUGACCUGGCGCCAGUUGCCUAGAGCAAUAUUUCUUAGAUGGUUGAGAUUGACACCGGUGCACCACUUCGUGUUGCUGUAUGUUCUCACGUGGUACAAGUUUGCUCCAUAUGGUCCCAAUUGGCAGCCGUUGGUGAACGACGAGGUGGAAGACUGUCAAAAGCAUUGGCCCUCUCUUCUGUUAUACUAUAACAACUAUGUAAAUAACAUGCGGUGCAACAUACAUCACUGGACAACGGCAGCCGAUUUGCAUAUGCACACCAUUGGCUUGUUGAUAUUGGUCCUGUCGCCGACCGAGAAGAUCAGGGAUGCUGUGUUAUGGAUUCUCACUGCUAUCAGUCUCGUUUUGCCCGUUAUCGAAACCUACAACAGAGAUCUUGAGGGAACUUUCAUCGUUGGCUUCAAAGUCGGACAAGAUCAUAGAGGUGUUUUUAAGAAUGAUACAUUUAAUUACUUGUAUAAACGCACACACACAAAUAUGACAUCUUUCUGCAUCGGCAUGAUAUAUGGAUUAUUCUUAUACAAGUGGAUGAAGAAGAAUGUCGACACUAGCAAAUAUAAGAAAUACGUGUAUUGGUAUUGGAUGAUUUUUCCCGUGUGUUUGUGUCUUAUAUAUACGAACGCAUUCCUGAUACAAAGAGAGGGAGAGGGUAAAGCUAGCAUGGGCGUCAGGUUGACGUACGCGCUCCUACAGAAACUUACCUGGAUUAUUCUGCUUACGUUGCUAUCGUUCGGCGCCGUUUGUCGGAUAGAAAAUGUGUAUCGUCGCAUCCUGGAGUGGCCGUUAUGGGUACCACUCAUGAAGCUAACAUACUGCACAUACAACACCAACCUUAUAUUGUCUUUAUGGUUGUAUGGUACCAAUAGUCAACUUACUUUUGCUUCCGAUAUGCAUACGAUGAACACCGCUGCGGGCGUGGUUGUGCUUACAUUCAUAUUCUCGACUAUACUGUGGCUGCUGGUGGAGCAACCGUUUAUCAACCUCGUCAAGAUACUGGUCCCGGAGAAGCAAUCCAUUCUUCAAGUUGAAACAACGCCCAAAAAAACUGACUAGAACGUCGGAAAGGCUGGAUUUAGUGCUAACGUCCGACGUCCGGAGACGAGUACGGAUCGACAGUAUAUGGAGCAUUCCAUCGUUUAAUGCUUUGCGUAUUAACACAAAGUAUACGGCACAUAAAUAUUGAUAAAAGAGAUAACGAGAUCAGCGCCGACUUAAUGAAAUUGGGCGCCAUAAGCAAAUACUGCAUAUUGGCGCCCUAGGCAAAACACUGGAACCACACGCAUAGAAAUAUCGCAAAUAAUAAAAGACUUAAUAUAGGUGUGCCAAUGACAAAAGACUUAUGCUGAUAUGAAAAUAUUGUACUUUUGAAUACCGCGGACAUGGACAAAGUCCAUAGUCAUAGUCAAAGAACAAGUCUUUUUCUUAAAAGUACUGCAAUUAAACGUUAAAAAUUAGAGCAAACUUUAUCUGUUGGCCAUGCCGUCCCCAAAUACAAGAGCCCUAGGCAGUUGCUUAGUUUGCUUAAGUUAGUUUUUUCAGACGGACGGAUUCUCCGCCAGCCCUGUUUUUCUACUCGCAAUAGAAUGUAAAUUCUAUAUGUACGAUAGCUCCGGACGAACCCUAUAUCUUCCGUAUAGCACUAAAUGUAACCUUGCGAAUACAUUCGACGCAGCAGUAUACCUAUAAGUUAUACCUUCAUGUUUCAAAUUAUUUUUUUUUUGACUUCAUAAAGCAAAGCUAUUAUUGUUUUAAUUAUCUGAAACUAAGAAUUUUUUUAACUGUUAAAAUCGAUUGCGGUUUUGUAGUAAGCAUAAAAAGUAAAGUACUGCAUAUAUUAUUAAUUAUUUCCUUAAAAUACCUUAGAAGUUAUUCUGUAAUUAUAAUUCUAAUAAAUACAUUUUUCAUUGU